GAGUUGCCGGUUGUGUUUGCUGGGUACUGGCAGGCGGAAGUACAGCAGGGCUAGUCUUCGACCUUCGCGCCCGUGUUUCUGCGGCUGCGCGCGCUCUUUGGACUCCUGCUCCCGCGUCUCUACAGGACGGUGUGUGCCCGGCGGCAGAGCCGACCCCGGCGUCUUCACCUGUGCGGGAAGCCGGGGGAGGAGCCGGCGCUUCGGGUAGGUUUGACCUUGGUUGAAGAAAAAAAUUAGCCUGUAUGUACUGCUUUAACCACUGGAAGAAUGACAGAUGACAAAGAUGUGCUUCGAGAUGUAUGGUUUGGACGAAUUCCAACUUGCUUCACUCUGUAUCAAGAUGAGAUAACUGAAAGAGAAGCAGAACCAUACUAUUUGCUUUUGCCAAGAGUAAGUUAUUUGACGUUGGUAACUGACAAAGUGAAAAAGCACUUUCAGAAGGUUAUGAGACAAGAAGACAUUAGUGAGAUAUGGUUUGAAUAUGAAGGCACACCACUGAAAUGGCAUUAUCCAAUUGGUUUACUAUUUGAUCUUCUUGCAUCAAGUUCAGCUCUUCCGUGGAACAUCAUAGUACAUUUUAAGAGUUUUCCAGAAAAGGACCUUCUACACUGUCCGUCUAAGGAUGCAAUUGAAGCUCAUUUUAUGUCUUGUAUGAAAGAAGCUGAUGCUUUAAAGCAUAAAAGCCAAGUAAUCAAUGAAAUGCAGAAAAAAGAUCACAAGCAGCUUUGGAUGGGACUACAAAAUGACAGAUUUGACCAGUUUUGGGCCAUCAAUCGUAAACUCAUGGAAUAUCCUGCAGAAGAAAAUGGAUUUCGUUAUAUCCCUUUUAGAAUAUAUCAGACAACGACUGAACGGCCCUUCAUUCAGAAGCUAUUUCGUCCUGUGGCUGCAGAUGGACAGCUGCAUACACUAGGAGAUCUCCUCAGAGAAGUUUGUCCUUCUGCAAUUGCUCCUGAAGAUGGGGGAAAAAAGAAUCAAGUGAUGAUUCAUGGAAUUGAGCCAAUGUUGGAAACACCUCUUCAAUGGCUGAGUGAACAUCUGAGCUACCCGGAUAAUUUUCUUCAUAUUAGUAUCAUCCCCCAACCAAUAGAUUGAAGGACCAACUCUUGGCCCGGAUGAAAUCAUCCUGAAACAUGAUUUACCAGAGCAUGUCAACCUUUACUUCAGUCAGGUUUGGUGGAAGCAACCUGACCAGAGACACUUUGCUGCUGCAAGCCAAGCAAGAAAGAGAUUCCAUGUCAGAUAAGGCAAUUGGGCAGGUCUUACUCUGUAUCACCACUGCUUUCCUCCACUGCCGUCAUUAAACCUCAGCCACAAAGAGAAAAACUCAACAGGACCACUGCAAGUCUUCUAUUUUCUUGUAAAAUAUAAUGAAGCUAAAACCUUUGGCCUAAGAAGAAAAAGGAAAUAUGUGCCACUCAGUUUGUAUUUCUGAUUAACAAAUAAACAAGGGUAUUUCCUAAGAUGACCAUGGUUGAACUUUAGCUCAAAAGAAUGGAAACACUGGUUUAAUUUUCACGAGAAUUAGACUUAAGAAAGUAAAGGAAAAAUUCUGUUAUCAAUAACGUGCAGUAAUUUUUGUAAAAGAUUGAGUUACAGCAAAUCCAUCUUUCCUUAAUGAAAAUUUCCUGUUUACAGUCUGUCUAUUGGUAUGCAAACAAUCUUGUAACUUUGAUAAUGAACAGUAAGAGAUUUUUAAAUAAAGCCUCUAAAUAAUGUUUUGUCAUUUAAUAGCGUA